UAAAGAGGAUGGGUCCUAGAAACCUCCCUAGCUUGAUCUUUUCCUUCUUCUCUCUAUUUCUCUCUCUAUUUCCCUUAUAUGAGAGGUAAAUGAGAUCCAGAAGAAACUCCAAAUCCAUUUGUUACUGAUUUCCAAAUUUGUAAACAACAAAUUAAGCAUUUGAUCAUCACUAGAUUAUAUAGUAACUUCAUUAUCCAAAAGAAGCAUAUAUAUCAGUGAUCUAUCCUUGGUGGGGUUGAUCUGGAUAUACAUGUAUGUGUUUGAUCCAACCGCAGACGCAGCUGCAGGAUUGAGAUUGGAGAUGGCGUUUCCUCAGCAUGGUUUUAUGUUCCAACAACUCCAUGAAGACAAUAGUCAUGAUCAACUUCCUUCUUGUCCUCCUCCUCAUCUCUUCAAUGGAGGAGGAAACUACAUGAUGAACAGAUCUAUUUCUUUAACGAACGUGCAAGAGGAUCAUCAUCAAUCCGUUGAUGAAGAGAAUCUAUCAGACGAUGGGUCACAUAUGAUGCUAGGAGAGAAGAAGAAGAGGCUGCAACUAGAGCAAGUCAAGGCAUUAGAGAAGAGCUUCGAGCUGGGGAACAAGCUGGAGCCAGAGAGGAAGAUACAACUAGCUAAAGCAUUGGGUAUGCAGCCGAGACAGAUCGCGAUUUGGUUCCAAAACAGGAGAGCUAGGUGGAAGACUAGACAGCUCGAGAGAGACUACGAUUCACUCAAGAAACAGUUUGAGUCUCUUAAGUCGGACAAUGAUUCUCUUCUUACCCACAACAAAAAACUCCUUGCUCAGGUAAUGGCUCUUAAGAACAAAGAUUGUAAUGAAGCAAACAUAAUAAAGAGAGAAGCAGAAGCGUCAUGGAGCAACAAUGGAAGCACAGAGAAUAGCUCAGACAUAAACUUGGAGAUGCCUAGAGAGACCACAACGACACAUGUGAACACGAUCAAAGACCUUUUCCCUUCAUCCAUUCGAUCAUCUGCACGUCAACAUGAUCAAGAUGAUGAUGAUCAUCAUCGGAAUCAUGAAAUCGUUCAAGAAGAGAGCUUUUGUAACAUGUUUAAUGGCAUUGAUGAAACGACGUCGGCUGGUUACUGGGCAUGGUCUGACCCAAACCACAACCACCACCACCACCAUCAAUUCAAUUGAUCCAUGGUCCUCCUACAGCUCGAAAUGAUCAUAAUCAUCAUCAUCAGAAAAAAAGAAACAGUUCAUCUCUUAUUUGAAUUUGACUCUUUGGAAUUUAUUUUUACUCUUUUAAACUUAGAUUGAGGGAUUAUCUUGUUUUCUUUGGGUUUGUAGAGCAUUGGUGUAUAGUGCGAAAAUUUGUUGUUUCUUUAUUAUAAAUAAAGAUUAAUACGAACACUCUCGAAUUUAUUCCCUGACCUUCUAUGAAACUAUGACUCUGGUCCCAAGUCCCAACCGAACAGUUCAUGUUCAAAGUGAU